AUGACAAACCUGUGUCUAGUCUAUACCAUUUCAGGUGAGGGCACCCAUCAGGGCCAGCCUGGCACCCUGAGCAGCAUUCAGCAGGUGGGACUAGGGGCUAUUUUGAUUUCCCACAAUGCCCUGGAGCGCAAUGCUCAGGCCAAUGCUGCUGCUGUCCACUACCACCGAGACUCGCCAGUGAAUGAGGGGGCCUAUGAAGGGGACCGACAAUUAGCUUCUGAAGAAGUGUCAUUAGCCACUGCCUUUUAUAUGGCUGCAUUCAGCUGUAGUGCCCUGGUGGCUGUCGAAAAGGUGACAUCGCUGGGCAAGGAGACUCAGGCAAAAGUGGCCACCGCUUUAGAGAUCCUAAGGUUCAGUGGCUGCAGCCUAAAAGCCCCAACUCUCAGUGUCGGCGUUGCGGCCGUUUUCCUCUUGACCCUGCACCGCAACAACAUGGCCGCCUCUCUCUACAAGAUGGAAGCCUUGCUUAAACUGGGCCGCUAUGAGGAAGUGGUGAGCCAGUGUAACUCUUUACUUGGCACUCAUCCUUGCGUGGAGCUGGCCCUUACCAGGGGCUUGGCCCAGGUGCUGUCCCAGACACACUUCGAAGAUGGUGUCAUGGAUUACCUCCAAGCUUUUGGGAAACAUCGGGAUGAGACACUGACGUUCAUAAGCAGUAGGCAAAAUAGACACUUGCGUCAGAUAAUCCAGGCCUUCUUCGACUUCAUCUCCCUUCGCAGGAACGGUCACGGUAACAGGGGCCUAGAAAGCUGGCAAAGCGAUUGCUAUGACUUCCUGGUUGCUGUAGCACCCAAAGACAUCCAUGUCUUCCAGGCCCAGGCAGGGCACCUUUUUGAGAAACACAAGUACAAGGAGUGUGUGUCUGUCUACAGCAAGGCUUUAGAGGCCUUGUCGGCCAGUGGCGCAAUCUGGGAUGAAAGGGCUUGUGGCCUUCUCAUGGACAGGGCUGCUGCUUACUUCUCCCUGGGCGGGAGAGUGCCAGAGAUGAUGCAGGAUUUGACAGCUGCCUUCGAGGUGAGUCCCAGCCUGGCAAAGAGGCAGCUCCAGGAGAUUUUCUCCGUUGGUGACGCCGAGAGGAUCGAACAGCAUGCCAGAGCAGCCCUGGAUGUGGAGUUUGCGGCUUACAGAGAAGCCGUGCGCACUAGGCCUGAAGUCCGAAGCGAUAGCGGCAAGGAGCUGCUCUCCACAGUGACCCGCACCCUUCACUUCCUCGUUCAGAUUUCCCCCGGAGCAAGGCGUGAACUCAAUGUCCGACUGACGGACUGCUACCUCUUGGAGGGCAACAUCAAGUGUGCCAUGGAACUCUGCAGCCGUCUUCUGGAUUCUGAGGCAGAGACCUAUUGCAACACACUGCUCACCUUGCGGGGUUUUUGUCACCUCCAUGCCAAAAACUGUAAAGAGGCCCUUCAGGAUUUCCAGAAGGUCAUAGAGCACAACUCCCCGCAUCCCAGCAGUUGUGUGAAGGCUCUUGGUGGCCGGGGCAUGAUCCGUGCUUGGGGCAGGAGUCCUUACCUUACGGCUCUGGACUAUAUCACUGCCUGUAGGCUUAGAUUUGAGGAGACAUGCUUUGUGAUCAAGGCAUACAUACCAUGGAACCAAAGAGGAUUUCUUCUGAUCGUUCUCCAAGAGGAAAUGCAGAAGAUACUAGAAAGGAAUUGGAGCCAUGGUGGCAGCUCAGGUCCCCAGCAGAACAAAUCAAGAGGCCUGAAUGGACUCCAGGUGAAAGAAGGGGAUGCAUCCGGAGUUCACCAGCUGGCUUCUCUCCUGUUGGACCUAGAUGCUUCAGAUGAGGUGUCUCGGAUCUUGUGCGCCGAUGCUCUGUACCAGAUGGAUCGAGUGGAUGAAGCUCACAAGAUCCUCCUAGUGGCGCUCUCCAAAACCUCCCAGAGAUCUGCCAUCCUAGCCAGGCUGUCUCUGCUUCAGUUGAAGAAAGGCUUUUUAUAUGACUGCAACCAGCUACUGAAGAAGCUGACCCAAACUGGAGAAACGUCUUGCUUCUUGACUGUUGUGAAAGUUUUAAAAGAAGAAGACCGGACCUUGAUGCAAAGCCACUGCCACUCCAGGGCCAUGACAAUCCUGAAGAAUAAGCAAGGCGAUGGUUACAUUAAAGAAGCUGUCAUGUACCUCUCCUUUGCCAUCAUCGCUGCUGGAGGUAAUGCUGUGGAUUCCCUUCUCACCCGGGCCCGCUGCUAUGGACACCUUGGCCAGAAGAAAACAGCCAUAUUUGAUUUCAAUGCCAUCUUAAAAGAAAACCCAGCAAAUGCCCAAGCUCUUUGUGGAAAGGGAUUCAUCCAUCUAGCCUUGAACCAGGAAAAGGAGGCUGUGCAUGAUGUAAUCUCAGCCCUCAAAGCCGAUCCAGUCUUGACAAUUGCAGAAAUCCUCUCCCUAAAGCUGGAAGCCCAGGCUCUGAUCCGCCAGUGGCUGUUUGAUCACUGCAGGGCUAUGAUGCUGGAAUUUGUGGCUAGCAAAGAGCUAAGCAUUGGAAAGAUUCUGAAGGAGCUUGUGAUAGUUGGAGAAUCGCUGGUGAAAAUCAACAGCAAAGACCCAAAGAGUCACAUUCUGUAUGUGGACCUUUUAGUUGCUGAUGGGAGGCACAAAGAAGCCCUGACUUUUCUUCAGGGAUCGCUUGGUCAGAGUGCGUCCGGUGACUCCAUCCAAUCUCGGUUUGGCAUGCUUCAGGCCAAGAAGAGGAACAUGGACAUCGCAGCCCAUAUUUUGGCCAAUUUAGCUACAAAGGACCACAAAGAGUUAGGAUACCUCCUGAACUUCUUAGACACCAAGCAGCGGCAAAGCCUUGCUCAGGUAGCAGUGAAAGAAGGAAAUGUGUUGGUGAAGGAGCAAAACCACACAAAGGCUCUUGGCUACUACUCACUAGCCGUCUUGGCAAGCAAUGGUAAUCCUCGAUACCUUCGCCAACGGGCUGCUUGCCUAGCCCACCUGAAAGACUACAGGCAAGCUUUGAAGGACAUGGACAAAGUGGUCAAAAACCAUGGGACAAAUGGCUUGAGGACUCAAGUGGAAGACUAUUGCUUCCAGGGGAAUCUGCACUUGUCCGUUUUGGAGAAGGAACUGGCAGUUACGCAAUACACCCGAGCCCUUCAACUGGAACAGGCUUUGGCUUUGGCCAGUAUCCGUACUGGUCCCAAUAGGGAUGUGCUGUCCAAAGCAUUCCUACAAACUGCACAAUCCUACUUGGCAAUGAGCCAUUAUGAAGAGGCCUGGAAGACUACCGAGUAUGGCCUGAUGGUUGACCAAAACAAUCAUGAACUUAAGAAACUUAAAUCAAGAAUUAAACGAGAGGCAUCUGGUUGCAAAGUUCAGUAAUUUAUUCUGUGUGUUCUCUUUUGCAAACC